CUGGGCGGUGGAGCCCGGCGCAGGUCCGAGCGGCUUCCCCGCGGGCGAUGCUGGCAGGAGGGCCCGGGUCAGGCCUGGGAUGUUGCGCGGAGGAUGCCCGCGGGUAUUCGGGAGUCUCCGGCAGCCCACGCUCCAGGCCGGGAUGCAGAGCUUAGUUAGGAAUUGUCAAGUCCUUAGCAGGUCACGAGGAGGCCGCAGCCCGGGCGUGCGAUCUGCCCAGACUGUCGCACUGCCCGGGGUAUCCCGGUGAGAGAAGAUUUGCACACUUUGUGCUUAGGCCUCAGGUGAUCAUGAACUUUCACACUUGACACACGUCAUUAAAAUGCAGUUGAUUUCUCUCCGGAUUUCCCAACAAUUGGCUUAGGGAGAAGACAUUUAUCUUAACCUCGUUCCACAGACUCUAGAAUUGGCUGAAGAAUGUAAUAAGUGUGUACUAUUGAAGAAUAAGGAAACUGAGGCACAGAGUCUAAAUUAACCUGUCCAAGUCCAGACAGUUGGCAGCGUAAGUGGGAUCUGAGACACCCAAGACUUCACGCCCGCAUCCCUUUACCUUCCAAAGGAGUGUCCAUCCACCACAGACAAUGUCCUACGUUUUUGUGAAUGAUUCUUCACAGACUAAUGUACCCUUGCUUCAAGCGUGCAUCGAUGGAGACUUCACCUAUUCCAAGAGACUUUUGGAAAGUGGCUUUGACCCCAAUAUCCGCGACAGCAGAGGCAGGACCGGCCUUCACCUCGCGGCGGCCCGAGGGAAUGCGGACAUCUGUCAGCUGCUGCACAAGUUUGGGGCUGACCCGCUGGCCACUGACUAUCAGGGGAACACGGCUUUGCACCUGUGCGGCCACGUGGACACCAUCCAGUUCUUAGUUUCCAAUGGACUCAAAAUUGAUAUUUGCAACCAUCAAGGCGCCACCCCUUUAGUUCUGGCAAAACGCCGGGGUGUGAACAAAGAUGUCAUCCGACUGCUGGAGUCUUUGGAAGAACAGGAAGUGAAAGGGUUUAACAGAGGUGCACACUCGAAGCUGGAGACCAUGCAGACGGCGGAGAGUGAAAGUGCCAUGGAAAGCCAUUCUCUGCUCAACCCGAACCUGCAGCAAGGCGAUGGAGUCCUGUCCAGCUUCCGGACCACGUGGCAGGAGUUUGUGGAGGACCUGGGUUUCUGGAGGGUCUUGCUCUUGAUCUUGGUCAUUGCUUUGCUGUCCCUGGGCAUUGCCUACUACGUGAGUGGGGUGUUGCCCUUUGUGGAUAACCAGCCUGAGCUGGUGCAUUGAGGCUGUCGGAGGGCAGCAAGGGGCCUGUCAGUAUGGCUUCCCAGUUCUUAGACUGUUUCUUAGCGCAGGGCAAUGAGGCCUGUCUGUGUUUAGGAUUUUUAUUUACCAUGAUCCUUGCAGAAGAAUGAUGUGUUCCACUGAACUUCGUCGCGUAGUUGGUUAUAUUGCAUCCUGAUGCUCCCCUCAGACACUGCCUGUGUCUCGGGAAGUCAUCCCCAGGCUCGUGUGAGCCACGUGUGGUACUAACCAGGUGGACACUCAAGGCAGAGGCUCGGAGCCUCCCAGUGGGGACGCGCCCUUGUGGAGGAGCAGUGGUCAUCAGAGAGCAGAUUACUUUUUCUAGGGGUCCAUUCGCCAGCGGCUUUGUCCUGCCUCCUUUGUCCCUUUGCAGUCGCUGUGUUCUGUUUGUAUUGACUUUACUGGCAGAAGGAUGGAGGGAAAACUUUCAACUGGAAUUUUAAUUUUUUUACAAUCUAUAUGACAAAUUAGAACUGUUAGGAACUUUGACUUUUAAGAGUAUAUAGUCAGAGAGUAGACAGGCUUAGACAGUUAGCAGUCUCCCCUUUAGCGGGACGCCCUUGGUCAGUGUUUAGUUGCAUGGAGCAGUUUUGAUUCACUCUAAACUGAUUGUUUGCAGGGUCUGAAGAUCAACUUUUUAUGGAGUUCAGCCCACUUUUCAGUCUCUUCCCAUUUUUACUUUUGAGAUGUCCCAUUCAGAAAAACACUAGGACAUUCUUUGUAGUGAAUAGUCAUUAGGAGAGCCCUCUCCUUCACUGUCCCCAAACUCGGGAGUGCCACCGAGACAGCGACACUUGAGUCUGUAAGCCAGCUGUGUCAUGAACGAACAUGUCCAGGUCAGCAGGAGUCUGUGUAACGAGUCCUGAACAACACCGUGCUGCUGCGACGACGCCUUCCUGUGUACCCGCGCCUUCCCAUAAUGAGUAGGAAUCUGGACCCUAAACUACAUGGUAGCUUCUCAGUGUCUCUGAAAGCCCUCUUUGGUUCUGUGGCAUAGAAAUCACAUUUCUUAUGAUAUUACAGAGCAUGGAGGUUCAAUAAUUGAGUAAAAUCUGAAACCUGCAGUGAGGAGCUAAUGAUUCUCUUUCCUAUAGCAGAGGCGCCCCUGCCGACUGGGUAGAGCUGCCCUCCACGAGCGUCUCCCUCACUGGUAUUUUCUCCUCUGCUUUCAGAUAUAAGACACUGACACUCUUUUCUUUCAUGUGUCUUUAUCCUGUCUGAAGGAACUGUUUGCAGCUCCUCACCGGCUGCUUCAGAAUCAGCUUGCAGUGUCUUGCAUUUAACUAAUCAUGUUUGGUAGAUUGCAGGGGGUGGGGGCAGAGGAAGGCGUUUGCUUUUGCAUGGAGAACACUAGAAUUCAAGUUCAAAGCAUGUUCGAAUGAAUGCUUUGGAAUUAGUGUCCCGUCUGUGAGUCAGAAUAUAUGUAAUAUGUAAAUAUUUUGCCUCUACUAUCCCUGCUUCCUGCCUAGCGAUGGUUUCUGUGCAUCAUGUGCUCCACAUUAUUCAUUAACUGCUUCCAAUAAAUGCAUUUAUAAAUCCUUA